UGAUCCAAAAACGGAUCAAUUAUUUUCAUUUUCAUUUUCAUUAUUAUAUUAAUAAUAUAUGCGGUUGCGGUAUAUGAUGACAGACAAAUGACAUUUUGCGACCUAAAAAAUGUCAGAAGUCAUUUCCUUAUUGUUCUCUUUCUGUCUGUAAAGUUAAGAGGCGGUCGCGAUCACAGUUCAGAAUUCACAGCUCAGUUGAGUUAAUCUUCAUAUGCUAUCUAUGGUAAUGGCAACCGAAGGGAAGAAGCAGCCCAAAAUUGUUCUGACAAAGCCAUUCUCAUUGGAAGUUGAAACAGAUUCAGAACCGAGUUAUGGUUACCGAGCACCUAAUCUUAUACGACGCUUGUUAAGCUUACUUAAGAAUGUGCGACCAGGAGCAGAUCUCACCAACUUACAGCUUCCACCUCUAUUUUAUUUCCCAAAAUCACAGCUUCAAUGCUACGGUGAAUCAGUAUACAGCACAACUUCAAAUUCAAACUUGCUGAACAAGUGCAACAAUGAGCAGACUCCAUUGGAAAGGUUCACAUCUGUGGUAGCUUGGAGCAUAUCUACCACACGCCCUACAUCUUUUGGAGUUGCUCCUUAUAAUCCCAUUCUUGGUGAGACACACCAUGUUUCCAAGGGCAACCUUAACGUCCUACUCGAGCAGGUUUCCACCAACCCUCCGGUAUCUGCUCUCCAUGCAACAGAUGACAAGGAAAACAUUGAAAUGAUAUGGUGCCAGCAAGCUGUUCCAAAGUUUCGAGGUACAAGCAUUGAAGCUGAAGUUCAUGGCAAAAGGGUGCUAAACCUCAGAAAUCAUGGGGAAACGUAUGAAAUGAAUUGUCCUCGGCUCUCAAUUAGAAUUCUUCCAGUUCCAGGAGUUAGUUGGGCUGGGAUUGUUAAUAUACGGUGCAAAGAGACCGGCCUUGUGGCUGAGUUAUCCUACGAAUCAUCCUAUUCUUUUCUUGGACUUGGAGGGAAUAGUAAGUUGAUCAAAGGGAAGAUCCUUGAUUCCUCAUCAUUCAAUGUACUGUAUGACAUUGAUGGUCAAUGGGAUAGGACUGUUAACGUGAAGGAUACAAAGAGUGGGAAAGUCAAAGUGAUAUAUGAUGCAAAAGAAGUCAUUUCAGGACUCAAAGCUCCUAUUGUCAAGGAUGCAGAGGGUGUUUGGCAAACUGAAUCAGCUCUUAUUUGGGGUGAGUUGACUCAAGCCAUUAUUAGCAAUGACUGGGAGAAAGCAAAAGAAGCAAAGCAAGGUGUGGAGGAAAGACAAAGUAAGACGUUGAAAGAAAGAGAAACCAGAGGGGAACGUUGGACUCCUAAGAAUUUUUUGGUGUCUUACAGUAAUGAAAGUGGGUUGGACUGUGAUUGUUCACCCAUUAAUACAUGGGUACCUGCUGCACCUAUCAUAGCCCCGUAACUUUUAUCUUUUUGAAAAAACAAGAACAAAGCAAUUUCAUUAGCAAUAUCAGAGAAGCUAAACUUGUCGCCACCUAAGUUAAAAUGUGGGGAAUCUCAUUUGUUAGUCUCCGAAUAAACUCAACAUGAAGUUUGUGAAAGAAAAAUAAAGUGCACUGAAAUUAGAGACAUCAUAACGAGUAUGUUUAAUUUAA